AUGGUACCAAGGAACCUAACACAUGUUUCAGGUUUUCUUCUUCUGGGAUUCUCAGAGGAAACAGAACUGCAGCCCAUCAUAUUUGGGCUUUUCCUCUCCAUGUACCUGAUCACUGUGUUUGGAAACCUGCUCAUCAUCCUGGCUGUCAGCUCAGACUCCCUCCUCCACACCCCAAUGUAUUUCUUUCUCUCCAACCUGUCCUUUGUAGACAUCUGCUUCACCUCCACGACCAUCCCAAAGAUGCUGUGGAACAUCCAGACCCAGAACAAAGUUAUCACCUAUGAAGGUUGCAUCAGCCAGGUGUAUUUUUUCGCACUGUUUGUAGGGUUGGAUGACUUCCUCCUAACGGUAAUGGCUUAUGACCGAUUUGUAGCCAUCUGCCACCCCCUGCACUACACGGUCAUCAUAAGUGCCCGGCUCUGUGGACUGCUGGUUCUUGUUUCCUGGGUCAUCAAUGUCCUACAUUCCUUCUUGCAAACUUUAAUAGUGUUGAGUUUGUCCUUCGACAGAGAGGUGAUAAUCCCUCACUAUUUCUGUGAACUGAAACAGUUGGUCCAACUUGCCUGUUCUGACACUUUUCUUAAUGACAUGAUGAUGUAUUUUGCAACUGUCCUGCUGGGAGGUGCUCCCUUAGCUGGCAUCCUUUACUCUUACUCUAGGAUAGUGUCCUCCAUAUGUGAAAUCUCAUCAGCUCAGGGGAAGUAUAAAGCAUUUUCCACCUGUGCAUCUCACCUCUCAGUUGUCUCCUUAUUUUAUUGUACAUGUUUAGGAGUGUACCUUAGCUCUGCUGCUACCCAAAGCUCACACUCAAGUGCAACAGCCUCAGUGAUGUACACUGUGGUCACACCCAUGCUGAACCCCUUCAUCUACAGUCUGAGGAACAAGGACAUAAAGACUGCCCUGAGAGCAUUCUUUAGGAGGACAAUGAUUAAAACACCAGUUGUUCUAAGCUGA